CGCCAAAAUGUUGUCUGCAUCUCAGCAUGUCUGCUGCGUUUUAUAGAUGAUUGUUUACCAAUUGUUUACAUAUUAAAAUUAUUAAACAGUUUUUUAAAUUAAGUUUUUAAUUUGCUAUACAUUCUUUUAUGAUACAUAUUUUAUAAAAUGGAUGACUCACAAACUUCUUCGGGAAGAACAAAACGUCAAAAGCUUGAUAAGGCCGGUCGCUUUUCGGCGUUGGAGAAAUUAAGACAAUUAAAAGGUGGUAAAAAUAAAUAUGAAGUCGAUGAUUUGGAAAAUGUUUACGAUCAGGUGGAAGAGAAAGAAUACAAUAGAAAAGUGUUGGAUCGACAAGCUGACGACUGGAUAGUCGAUGAUGGUGGUGGAGGUUACGUUGAAGAUGGCAGAGAAAUAUUUGACGAUGAUUUGGAUGAAGACAGUAUUCAAGCUGCAAAGCAGACAAGUACAACUGGUCCAAGAAAAAAAGCAAAAAUUGCAGCUAAAAAUAAGGGAAAUAUUAAAAAUUUGUUUAUGAAUAUGGCUUCAAAAGCUAAAGCCGCUGAUAAAGUGGACGACGAUAAUAUUUUGGGUGAUCUUAUGUCAGAAUUGAAAAAUGAAGAUAACACACCAAAACGUUUAGUUAAACCAAAAAAUAAAUUUGCUGUUACAAAACCAAUUACACCGCCAGUUUCUAAAUUGCCAAAAAUUAAUCUUGAGGAUACAUUGGCAAAAAUUGAAGAUGAAGACAUGAUGAUAUUUGAUGCUCCAAGUAAAACUUGUUCAAAAACAAAUGUGGGCAAAAUUAAAAAUCGUUCUUCGAUAAUAGAACAAUCUACAAGUCAAGUGAUUGAAGAAUCUGACGAUUUUGAUACUAAUGGAAUUCACGAUUCUACGAGUCAAAUAAUUGAAGAUCCAGAUACAAAUGGAACAUUCGAUUCUAAGAAAGUUAUACCAAGUCAAAUAAUCGAAGAUCCAGAUAAAGAUGAACCAAUGUUAGGCGUUGAAGAUAUUACCGAUAUCAAAGAUUUCGAAGAGACGGAAUUUACUAUUUGUAAAACGAAAUCAAGUGAAACAACAACAAAACCAAUUGAAAAUGUAUCAGAAGCAGAUGUAUUUGAUUCAAGUGAAAUGAUUUUAGAUUGGGAAGAUGAUUUUAAAUGUCAAGUCGAUGAAUUUAAAGAUACGACUGAUGAUAAAAAUAUAACAUUGCCAUUAACUCAAAAUGAAGCGGGAGAAAAUAUAUUUCGAUUUUAUUGGUGGGACGCUUAUGAGGAUCCAUUUCGAAUGCCGGGUGUUGUUAAUCUUUUUGGUAAAUUUUAUUUGGAGUCGAGUAAAAAAUACGUUUCUUGUUGUGUUGUAGUGAAGAAUAUUCCAAGACGAAUUUAUAUUUUACCAAGAGAACAGUUGAAACCAGUGUUAAAGGAUGAAGAGCCAAGGGAAACAACAAUGGAAGAUGUGUACGAUGAGUUUAACAAUUACGCUGGAAGAAAUGGUAUAAAAGAAUUUCGUUCAAUGAAAACAACAAAAAAUUAUGCUUUUGAACGUGAAGGAACGCCAAAGACAGCUGAAUAUUUGGAGGUUCGAUAUUCGGCAUCGUUUCCACAAUUAGAUUCUUCAUACAGUGGACGAGCAAUUGAGGCUGUUUUUGGAACAUCUGUUAAUGCUUUGGAAUAUUUAUUAAUCGAGAGAAAUAUCAAAGGUCCUUGUUGGUUAGAUAUCAAGUGUCCAACUGUCGUUGAAAAUCCAUUCACUUGGUGUAAAUUUCAGGUAAAUUGUUUGAAACCAGAACACAUUUCUGUUGUUAGUCGAGAUUUGCAAAAAGCAAUACCACCAAUGGUCGUUGCCACCUUGAAUGUUCGUUCAGCUUUAAAUCCUAAACAUCAUAUAAAUGAAGUCGUUAUGGUUGGAGUUUUAUUGCAGCAUAAAUAUCAUAUUGAUAAAUCCGCACCGAAACCACCUUUCGAUCAACAUUAUUGUCUUAUAACUCAUCCAAAAGAAAUUCCCUGGCCGUUACAUGCUAAAGAUCGCCUUUCAAAAAUUAAAAAUACAAAUAUGAUUCGUUGUGAUUCGGAGCGCGAUUUACUUGAAGAACUAUUGAAUAUCAUACAAAAAUCAGAUCCAGAUAUGAUUAUUGGUUAUGACACUGGUUUUCAAUUUGAUCUUUUGAUGCACAGAAUUCACAAAUGUUCGGUGUCAAAUUGGAGCCGUGUGGGAAAAUUGAGAAGAUCUAAUCCACCAAUGUUCAAGGGGAAAAUAAAUGUAGCCGCUUCAUUUUGUGGUAGACCGAUUUGUGAUAUUCAAACAUCAGCUAAAGAAUUAAAUUUAAAAGUCAGAAGUUACGAUCUUCAGUCACUUUGUGUUUCGGUUCUUAAAAAAAAUGAAAAAGAGUGUAAGGAAAUAACCCCAGCGGAGUGUAUCAAAUUUUACAAUACUGUGGAGAAAAUAGAAAAUCUUGUAAGAUUGACAAUGCUCGAGGCAUCGUGCAUUAUUUCAAUGGUUUUUGAAUUGAAUAUCAUGCCUCUUGCCUUACAAAUUACGUGCAUUGCCGGCAAUAUUCUGUCGAGAACUUUAUCUGCUGGUCGAGCUGAAAGAAAUGAAUUUCUUUUAUUGCACGCUUUUCACGAAAGGGGUUAUAUUACUCCAGAUAAAAAGCAAACAAAGAAGGGAAAAGAUGUCACUGAAAGUCGUAGAAAAAAACCGGCAUACGCCGGUGGCUUGGUCUUGGAUCCAAAGAAAGGAUUUUACGAAAAAUUGAUUUUACUAAUGGACUUUAAUUCAUUGUACCCGAGUAUAAUUCAAGAAUAUAAUUUAUGCUUUACAACUGUUCCUGGAGCUGCUUAUGCUGAAUUUGAGGAUUUAAAUCUUCCGGAAAUGGAUUUAGAGGCAGGAGUAGUGCCAACAGAAAUUCGUAAACUAGUUGAAAGUCGUGUGCAAGUGAAACAAAUGAUGAAAGCCUCGUAUCUUGCACCAGAAUUAAAAAUGCAAUACGAUAUUAGACAAAUGGCAUUGAAGCUCACAGCAAAUUCCAUGUAUGGUUGUUUGGGCGCAACGCAUUGUCGAUUUUAUGCUAAAGGAUUGGCAGCUUUAGUAACCGCAAAAGGAAGAGAAAUUUUACAAAGUACAAAACGACUUGUAGAAAAAUUAAACUACGAAGUAAUUUAUGGUGACACUGAUUCUAUUAUGAUCAAUACGAAUAUUGUCGAUUAUGAUGAAGUUUUUUCUAUUGGAAAAAAGAUUAAACAGGAGGUCAAUAAACUUUAUCGAAAAGUAGAAUUGGACAUCGAUGGAGUUUUUAAAUAUUUGUUACUUUUACAAAAAAAGAAAUACGCAGCAGUUACAAUGUCAAAGGGAUCAAAUGGAAAAAUUAUAUUAAAUCAAGAGCACAAAGGUCUUGAUAUUGUCAGAAGGGAUUGGUGUCCAUUAGCAAGUGAAACUGGAAAAAUAAUUUUGGAUCAAUUACUCUGUGAUCAACUCAGCGAGAUAAGAAUGGAAAAUAUUUUCACAUAUUUACAAAAAGUUGGGAAAAUGGUGAAAGAAAAUACUGUUCCAUUAUCGAAACUUGUAAUUAGUAAACAAUUAUCAAAAGAUCCAAAUGAUUAUCCAGAUAAAAAACAAGCUCACGUUUUGGUUGCACUAAGACUGAAUAAAGAAGGUGGUAGAAUGUGGAAAGCUGGUGACACUAUUCCUUAUAUUGUUUGUGACGAUGGAACAGAUAAAUCUGCCACUGAAAGAGGAUAUCAUAUUGAAGAAUAUAAUAAAAACAUUGGUGUUUAUAAAAUAGAUGCGGAUUAUUAUUUGUUGAGUCAAGUUUUUCCCGUUAUUAAUCGUAUUUGUGAGCCAAUUGAUGGAAUCGAUGAUGCUCUGCUGGCAGAACAUUUGGGUAUAGCACAUUUGCAUAAAUCAAAGAAGCCAAUUUAUGGACAAGAAGAAACGCAUAUUGCACCAUCGAUUGAUGAAGAUAGAUAUAAGUAUUGCAUUCCAUUGAAAUUAACAUGUCAGAAUGAAAAUUGCAAAGCUGAAAUUCAAAUAAGCGACGUCGUUAUCGAUAAUGGUUCGAGUGUUGAGCCAUCUUUAAUGAAAUGCUCAAAUCCAGACUGCAAACAAGAACCUUACAGAAGUAAAGAUUCAAUAAUAAAUAGACUACAACUUGAGAUUAGGCAAAUAAUUACCGAUUAUUAUCAAGGAUGGAUGGAAUGUGAAAAUCCUAUUUGUUAUCAUCGAACUCGAUAUGUUCCUUUAUGUCCAUCUGGAAAUAAUUUGAAAUGCACUCAAUGUGAAAAUGCCAAUAUGCAUCGAGUUUAUUCAGAGACUCAGUUAUACAAGCAACUUUCAUUUUACGUUCACAUAUUUAAUUUGAAUCAAGCGAGCUUAAAAAAAUAUCAUUUUAAUAAUGUCUUAUCGAGAGAAGUUACAUCGGCAUAUGAUACAAUAAAAGAACAUGUGGAAAAACAAUUGAGACGAAAUAGUUAUUCAAUUGUUAAUUUAGAUAAAAUUUCUGCCAAAGCUGUAGCAAAGGGAGGAGGUUUUCAAAUGAGGCUUGAAGAAGAAUGGUCCGACUUUGAAGACGAUGAAGAUGAUUAUACAAAAAAUCCAAGUCAAUAUUUAACUCAAAGUCAAUCAAUAAAAGCUUCGCAGGCAAAAUCGCAACAAAUGUCUCAAAUGAAAUCACAAAUGUCAACUCAACAAAUGUCUCAAAGUCAAGUAUUAUAUCAACCAAUGUCUCAAUUGAAAACACAAGAGAAAUCAUCUCAAUCAAUGUCUCAAGGGAAGUCACAAUCAAUGUUUAAAGUGAAAAUGCAAAAAAAAACACAGGAUCAAGACGACAUGAUUGUCCCUGCAGAAUUACUUGAUGAAUAUUAUGAGAGUAAAACUGAAGUAUCUGAACCAAUGUCUCAAGUAAAAUCACAAGAAGAAAAACCUCAAGAACAAGAAAUACAAGAUCAAGACAUGAGUGUUCCUGCAGAAUUACUUGAUGAAUUUUUUUAAUCACUUUUAUCAAAAAAGUUGUAAAUACCAAGUCCAAUAGUAAUUAAGAUAAAUUUAAUUCUUUUUUUUUUUUUUUUAUUUAAUGACUAAUGCUGUUUAUGGAUGUAUAAAUUUUUCUCGCAUAAGAAAAAGAAAAAUAAAUUUUUUACACAAUGAAA